GUUGCAUGACUUUUCCAAACACAUGACGUCAUUUCCUGGUUUGCCUCCAGAGAGGUGGGGCACUGAUAUAUUACUUACAGUCUCACACACACACUCACACUGAGGAACACUGCGUUUGAUCAGACACUUGGUUCCUUGACAGUGCAGGAGCAGAAGUUUUGCAAAAUGCAGUCACUUUCAACGGCAAACAACAAUUUUGCCCUUCACCUGUUCCAGAAGAUCAAGGAAGACAACAAGACCACCAAUAUCUUCUACUCUCCUCUCAGCAUCUCUUCUGCACUGGCCAUGGUGUCUCUAGGAGCUGCAGGAAACACAGCAACUCAGAUGUCUGAGGUCUUGUGCUUCAACAAAGCAGGGACGUUUGCACAACAAACUCAGAAGUUCCAGUUACCAGCGGCUUUACAAAAGACUCUUCACCACCUCACAGCCAAUUAUGAUAUGCAUGUCCGCUUCAACAAACUGAUGAGUGAACUGAACAAAGCAGGAACUCCAUAUACCCUCAGCCUGGCCAAUAGGCUUUAUGGAGAGCAGACCUACCAAUUUGUGGAGAAAUUUCUGAGUGACACAAAAACACACUACAAUGCAGAGCUGGAAAGUGUUGACUUUAAAUCUAAUUUUGAAGCUUCACGUGUCAAAAUUAAUAACUGGGUGGAGAAACAAACAAAAGAUAAGAUCAAGAACUUGCUGGCACAAGGAGUACUUGACAAUUUGACUAGACUUGUCUUGGUCAAUGCCAUCUAUUUCAAGUGCAACUGGGAGAAGCAGUUUAAGCUACAGGGAACAAAGGAGCUUCCUUUCAGGUUAAACAAGAAAGCAACUAAACCAGUGCCAAUGAUGAAUCAGAAGGCAAGGUUUCCCCUGGCAUUUAUUCCUGAGACGCAGUGUAAGAUUCUUGAAAUGCCGUAUGUGGGCCAGGAGCUCAGCAUGCUAAUUAUGCUACCUAUUGAGAUUGAAGAUGAUACCACUGGCCUUGAGUUGCUAGAGAAACGUCUCACCUAUGAGAAGUUCAUGGAGUGGACACGGCCCGAUAUGAUGGACACUGUGGAGGUGCAAGUGUCUCUACCACGGUUCAAACUGGAGCAAACCUAUGACCUGAAGAAGCUCCUCAUCAGCAUGGGCAUGGUAGAUGCCUUUGACCCACGCAAGUGUGAUUUUUCAGGCAUGUCUCCUUGCGAUGAUUUGGUGCUCUCCAAAGUGGUGCAUAAGUCUUUUGUAGAUGUAACCGAGGAAGGCACCGAAGCAGCUGCAGCUACUGCAGCCGUCAUGAUGAUGCGUUGUGCCAUGCUUCCACCAGAGCGCUUUGUGGCUGACCAUCCCUUCCUCUUUUUCAUUCAACACAAACCAACCCGAAGCAUUCUCUUCUGUGGCCGCUACAGCUCACCUUAAAUUGCCUAACUUGCAGAUAGGCAGAUUGGUUACACUAAAAUUUUCCCAUGUGUGAACGAGUAUUCUCUUCUGUGGCCGCAUUAGCUCUCCUUAAAGUGCCUGGUGCUCAGAAGUGCAUAUUAUACAUCUAUGUUUUCAUUUGACAUCAUGUAUACACAAAAAUACCAAAUACAUAUCUCUAAAAGUGACUUGGAAAUAAACAUGUUCUUCAAAUUA